AUGUCUGAUAUUAAAGACGUUCACUCUCCUCUCCUAAGCCCGGGCUCGAGGACUUCGGUUCCUCAAAUAAGCUCGCCCUCUGUCCCCAAGUCAUCUAAAUCUCCCGCCUCGCCUCAGAAGCCAAGCAUAGCAAACCCGACGCCGACUGACCCUGCACCUAUAAAGACAAUCACCAACCUAUCCUGGGGAGCCCCAGCAGGCCUUGCUAUCCGUGGACCCAACGACGAGAACCUCGUUAUCUUCAGAAAAGCGCUAGGAAUAAACUAUGCCCGCGACACUACCGAGAGCGGUACUCUCGAAGAGGGACGCAACACCGCGGUUGGCAUAUACAAAUCCGUGAUUCAAACCCAACAGAUCAAGGGUGUCCAAAACGCCCUCCUCACCGCAUUCCUCUACCUUUGCUACUUUGCUCAGAUCGUCAUCGGCGCUGCGCUAACCGCCAUGGGCCCCAACUCCGGACGAUACGAAGUUCUCAUUACCGUGCUCGGAGCUAUCAACACGGUCUUGGCCGGCAUUCUAGCUCUGAUCAAGGGAUCUGGGCAGCCGCAGAGGCUGGAGAAGGACCGUGUAGGGUUCAGGAGGCUGCAGGACUGGAUCGAAGAGACCGAGGCACUACUUGCUGUGGGGGUUAUUGGCCGGAAUAGGAAAGAGGUUGGCUUGUUGGUCGAAAGCGCCUUUAAGCGGUACAACGCGGCUAAGAUGAGCGUGGAGAAUAACAGUCCUGACUUUUACGUCAACCAGCCGGAUUCGGGCGACGACAUGUCAGAUACUGCCGGAAAACCACUACGACAUAAUGGACUUUGA